AUGGGGAAGAAAGGGUCCUGGUUCGGAGCCGUGAAGAAGGUCUUCAGCCCGGAAUCGAAGGAGAAGAAGAACGAACAGGUUGAGUAAAAAAGAGCCUUUCUUUCUUUGUUCGGUCUCCGAAUUGAUUUCUCAUAUUCCGUUAAUCUGAUCUCAGAAGAGCCAAAAAUUCAAGAACAAAUGGGGUUUCGGGAAAUCCAAGCGCACGGACCCGCCAUCUUCUUCCUUGGAGGCGGCUUCUGAGACACCGGCUGCGGCGCCGCCGCCUCGCGUUCCUGCCGAGCAGGUCAAAUUGACAGAAGCAGAUAGCAACCACGUCUACUCCGUCGCCUCUGCGGCGGCGGCGGCCGCCGAGGCCGCGGUCGUCGCAGCUCAGGCGGCCGCCGAGGUCGUCCGCCUCACCGCCAGCUCCACCAAGUUCCUCGGCAAAUCCAAGGAGGAGAUUGCAGCAAUCAAGAUCCAGACAGCCUUCAGAGGAUACCUGGUAACCAUCCCCCCUUUUGAGGACUUUAAACCCGAAGUUAGCUUCUUUCUCCGAUCCAUGAUCAAUCGAGAUCUGGUUCUCCCGAUUUUGCUGCUGCAUUUGAGAAAUUAAUUCGAUAGGAAUCUUCAUCAAGAACUGAAGCCAGCCAGAAAAUAUUAAUGAGAUAACAGAAACUCUCCCGCCUGAAAUGGACCCAUUUCCUAUCAAUAUUUCUCACCUUCUCUCUUCCCUGAGAUCUCUCUCUCGCAGGAAAGCAUCCUGGGUUGAUUUGUUUUUUCCCAGUUUAGGAAUUUUUUAUUUUAUUUUAUUUUAUUUUUAGUUUAGGAUAUUUAGUUGCAGAGAAGAAUACCCAUUACGAGGAUAAUUCUGCCGAAACUCACAGCGUGAGACCCAUAUCAGGAAAAAUAGAAAAUUUUCUUCCAAAACACUAGUUCUGAUGAAACAGAUCCAUCUUUGCAUCGAAUUCCGCGGUGGGUUCAUGUAAAGCCGACGCCUCUACUUCAUUUCUCAGGCGAGGAGAGCGCUGCGGGCCUUGAGGGGGCUGGUUCGCCUGAGGUUGCUGAUGGGCAGCAGCGCCAUCAAGCGCCAGACCACCACCACGCUGCGCUGCAUGCAGACCCUCGCUAGAGUCCAGUCCCAGAUCCGCUCCAGAAGGGUCCGGAUGCUGGAGGAGAACCAGACCUUCCAGCGGCAGCUCCAGCUCAAGCAGGAGAGAGAGCUCGAAGCGCUAAGAGCCUCUGUAAGCCCCUCACCACAGUAGCAGAGAUUCGGUCUUCAUACAGAACUUAAUUCUCCAUUCGAUUUCUAUGGAGGGUUCUCACCUUGAAUCCGGUUACAGAUUGGGGAGGACUGGGACGACAGCCUGCAGUCCAAGGAGCAGAUCGAGGCGAGCAUGCUGAGCAAGCAUGAGGCGGCUAUGAGGAGGGAGAGGGCUCUGGCAUACGCCUUCUCUCAUCAGGUAAGCGCGAUCAUCAUCACCACCACCACCACCACCACCACCACCACCGUCAUCAUUGUCAUCAUCAUUCUUUGGCCCUGCCGCAGGGAAAGGGCAGCUCGAAGUCGGCGAACCCGACGUUCACCGAGCCGGGGAACCCGCAGUGGGGCUGGAGCUGGGUGGAGCGGUGGAUGGCGGCGAGGCCGUGGGAAGGGCGGACCUUGGCGGAGAAGGAGGCCGAGGCCGGCUCGGUGAGGGCCGGCAGCCUCAGCGCCGGCGAGAUCGCCAAGGCCUUCGCCGCCCGACGGGACUCGCUGGCGGCGCCGAGGACGAGUCGGCCGCCCAGUCGCCGGUCCCCCUUUACGCCCCGUGGCGGGAGGGCGAGGCCGGCGAGUCCCCCGGAGGAGGACUCGAGGAGCUUUGCCAGCGCGCAGUCGGAGAGGACGAGGCGGCACAGCAUUGCGGGCUCCUCUGUGCGCGAUGACGAGAGCCUGGCGAGCUCCCCCGCCGUCCCGGGUUACAUGGCGCCGACGGCGUCCGCCAGGGCAAAGUCGCGGUUGCAGAGCCCGGCGAGCGAGAACGUGGAGACCCCGGAGAGAGGGGGCUCCGCCGGCUCGGUGAAGAAGCGCCUGUCUUUUCAGUGCAGCCCGUCGCCGGCCGGGGGGGGGAGGCGGCACUCGGGGCCGCCCAGGGUGGACCUUACGGUGGCGGCGAGGAGGAUUCUGAACCACACGGAGCUCACCGCCGGCAACGGCGGCGUUGGCAGUGGCCGGUAG